AUGUGGAGCCGUCUGCUCACAUGGCUGCGGACGCCACCCAAUGCGGAGCCGGCAUCGAAUGCAGACGGUGCGGGAGAGGUGCCGGUACGGCUUGGCGCUGAAGAGGCGCGGUCGUUGCAGGCGGGGCACCUCCCAUUUGCGUUCUUUGCGCGGAAUGCACGUGCCAUGCGUGUCAAUGUCGAAGAGCCAGCGACGCCCGACAUGUGGGAUCCGGACGAGCAUGCACCGAUGAAAACGAUGCGUGUGUGCGCGAUACGGAGCAUACUUGCCACAAAAGGGCUGCCGCCCGAGCUCAUCCGCGAAGUAUUUAUUUUUGCCGACGAAGGGCGCGAGCUGUCCAUGACGCGCACUGAAGUCACCACGUAUACAUUUAACGCAUGUGUGCGCUACCUACGUACGCCGUGCAUUUUCUCGCGUAUGCAGCGCAAUUUUCUGUACCGCAUCGAAGUCGAUAUCGACAGCCACGACCAGGGCUGGAGCCAGGAUCCGAAUCGGGACUGGAUUGGGACGUACCAAGGCAGCUAUACGUGGUUUGAGCUUACGCUCGAUAGGCCACUGUACAUGAAGGACGACGUCUCUGAAGGCUCCAGCAGCAGCGAUGCAAGCACGCAUUCCGAGCACGGAGCGUCUUUUGAGGAAAUCCACCGCAUCUUUCUCACACACAAUAUCCACGGCGUGCACGCUUUUAAGCGCCACACCAUCGUGCUCGCGCCGGACCAGCCCAUCGUGCAGGAUGCAAGACCGGGUGACUCUUAUUCGCUAUGGGCAAGAACACAGUAUACAGGGUGGGCAAAUACGGUGCGGUACGCACGCGUAAGCCUGUGGCUCGAUUGGGACGCUUAG